CCUACUCUGUCCGUCUCUUGAAGGAACGUUGAGCGGGAACACUUCCAGUACUUCCCUGGUCCAUUCGCCCAGAGUCUUUUCCUUCAAGAGUGAUUGUGAAUAGUCACACGAAGCAAUCCAAAGAGGGAACAAGCUUAGAGUCCAAUUCCCAAUUGACCCAAGAUUGGGCUUCUUGACGGAGAGUUCCCCGCAAAUAAAAAGUCGAGGAUCUAGCCUCUGCAUUGUUCCACGACGCUACCGUAGAAGACAAGUGUUCAGACAAACUUCAAGGACUAUGACGAGACACAAGUGACAACGAGCAGUUAUCGAUCCGUGUGUAGUAGAUCCUACUGUACACAUCCGCGGAAGUCCCUAGUGCCAUUCUGGAACACUUGAGUGUCUGGGCGAUUGCAUCUCUGUUUUGUGACCCUCGUCCCCUCGUCUACAUCCAAGAUUAAGUUCCAAGAGGACCCCCCGGGCAAAAUGGCGGCCAAGGAUUUAUCCGAGCUGCAACGCCUCGAGUUCAAGGAGGCAUUUCAGGAGUUUGACAAGGAUGGCAGUGGGACAAUAUCAACCAAGGAGCUCCUGCCCAUUCUUCGAGCCAUCGGUCAGAACCCGACCGAGGACGAGAUCCUCAACUUGGUCAUCGAGUUCGACAUGAACGGUGACGGGACCAUUGAUUUCGAGGAGUUCCUCGAGAUGAUGACCAAACAAAGUAAAGAUAUCGAUCAAACCCAAGAGAUCAAAGAGGCAUUCAAGAUCUUCGAUCGCGAUGGGAAUGGAUAUAUCGACGCCAAGGAGCUCAAGAUGGUUGUCACCAGGAUGGGCGAAGCUCUCACCGCCGCCGAGGCCGAGGAAUUUAUGCAAGAGGCGGAUAUCAACGGUGACGGAAAGCUAGAUUACGAGGAGUUCUUAAAAAUGAUGAUGUUGGGAUGCUAGGGGAUGACAAAUAAUUCCAUCCUUGAAACAAUUACAUGAUGACGUAACAGAAAGAGAAUUCACCAACGAUCACGACACAAAUCAAUGUAAACAAGCUACUGGAGAUUGCCUUGAAGAAGAAGAAAAAACAAAGACGAGGAAUGCACAUACCCUCAAAAAGCACCACUUGGACUUUGAACCCUCAUUUUGCAACAAUAAUACAUAGUACAUAUAUAUUUAUGUAUUUGUAAAUAUGUAUAUACCUUUGAGUUCAA